AUGGCCUGGACCCGUCUCCUGCUCCCCCUCCUCACUCUCUGCACAGGUUCUGUGGCCUCUUCUGCGCUGACUCAGCCACCUGCGGUGUCUGUGUCCUUGGGACAGACGGCCAGGAUCACCUGCCAGGGAGACAGCUUAGGAAGCGGUUAUGCUCAAUGGUACCAGCAGAAGCCAGGCCAGGCCCCUGGGCUGGUCAUUUAUGGUGAUAGCAACCUGGAGUCAGGGAUCCCUGACCGAUUCUCUGGUUCCAAAUCAGGCAAAAUUGCCACGCUGACCAUCAGCAGGGCCCAGGCCGAGGACGAGGCUGACUAUUACUGUGGAAGCUACCAGACUGUGUCACGGUGUGCUGCGUUCGGCGGAGGGACCAAGCUGACCGUCCUGGGUCAGCCCAAGUCCUCGCCCUCAGUCACUCUGUUCGCGCCCUCCACUGAGGAGCUCAGCGCCAACAAGGCCACCCUGGUGUGUCUCAUCAAUGACUUCUACCCGGGCAGCGUGACGGUGGCCUGGAAGUCAGGCAGCACCACCAUCACCAAGGGCGUGGAGACCAGCCAGCCCUCGAAACAGAGCAACAGCAAGUACGCGGCCAGCAGCUACCUGGCCCUGACGGCCAGCGAGUGGAAAUCUUAUCAGAACGGGGUCAGCUGCCAGGUCACGCACGAUGGGAAAACCGUGGAGAAGACAGUGUCGCCCUCCGAGUGCCCUUAG